CAAGGUGUGUCUUAAUGAUCAAUAAUACAUAUAUUUCGUAUUUUACAGCUGAAGAUGGUUUUAAUCAAAUGUUGUGAUAUAUCAAACGAAGUGCGUCCAAUGGAGGUGUCAGAACCUUGGGUUGACUGCCUUUUAGAGGAAUACUUCAAUCAGUCUGACAGGGAAAAGAUGGAAGGUUUACCAGUAGCACCUUUCAUGGAUAGAGAUAAAGUGACCAAACCAACGGCUCAGAUCGGAUUUAUCAAAUUUGUUCUCAUUCCAAUGUUUGAAACAGUAUCAAAGCUAUUCCCACAGAUAGAUGAGACGAUGGUCCAACCAUUACGUCUAUCACGUGAUAGAUAUGAAGGUAUGAAGGAACAGAGUACGCCACCUAACCCAAAGCCUCAAAAAGAUCAGGUAGCUGAGGUGCGAAAAAAGACGGACAGUGAGGCGUAGUGGCGUAGAGGUGAAUAAAGAAGACGUUUAUACCUUGAAACAUAUCAUAUUUUUAUUACAGUGUAAAUGAUUGAGUAAAAUGUGAACAUUUCCUUAAAGUGUCAACUAUUAACCCUAAUAUGUUUUUAAACGUUGAAACAGUAGACAUUUUGAUUUCUACGAAGAUCAAAUAAGGGUAAAACAAUAUGAUAUAAGGAUGUAAGAAACUAUUUUCCAUAAGAAAGUUUACCUUCUUUUCAUCCUUGGUUUAAAGUGAUAUAUAUUUACCAAACAAACAUCGAAUAAAAGAUUAUCUUGUUUAUACUAUAUUUUUCAUUUAAUUGUGUAAAUGAAAGCGUAGCAGAAGAAAGACAGUUUAAAUUGCAUUAUAUUGAACAAUGCAUAUUUAGGAAUGAGUGGGAACCGUGUAAUAAAGACUGCCAGGCAUUAAUAAAUACUAAAUCUUUUUUCAAGGAGAAGGAAGUAUAAAGUAGCUGUCCAGACAGUCAUGUUUUUGUUGAAAGGCUAUGCAAACAGAAUAAUGUUUGAAUUUCAAAAGAAUCAUAAUUUAAUAUUUUACUAGGUUACUAGGGAUUUCUAAAUAUCUGUGAUUACAUAUGUUUUAGAUAUGAGCUAAAGGAAGGUAAAAGAUUUAACCGACAUUCCAGAAGUUACGAAAACGUCUCAGAAAGCCGAUAUUUUGGUUUAUAUAGUGUACAGUUUUUUGUACUUUAUUUGUGUGCAUAAAAGACUUGGCACACAUAAAUUUAACUCCUUCCGUUUUGUUUUACGGGGGUUAUUUGUUUCUGAAUUUGCUGUGUAUGUCAUAUUGUUAUACUGUGUCCUGUAUUAUAAAAUGUUUAACAAGAAAAGAUAACUAAAUUAUGAUCUCCACUAUAUUAACAUAAAUCUUUUUUCACAAAUUAUGUUGUAAAAUCUGUUAUGAUUGACAACGGUUAAAUUGAUCAGACCAAUUAAAGAUAGCACAUUUUUUAAAAAAACUCUUGUAUAUUUCUAAUAAUUUAUUACUACCUUUUUUCAAUAUUUUUAAUAAAUAAUACUUGUUGAGGCUUACUGACGUUUCAAGUCUGCCUCUGUAUAACAUUCCUAGUUCCCGUGUUGUUGUGAAACAACCUUUUGAUAUUUUUGUUAGUCGUCCUGAAAUAUUGUGAUGCUCCAAAAAUUGAAAAAUUAAAUAAAUAUUGAUUUAUUUAUA